ACAGUUCAUCGACUGAUGUGCCAAGUGUCGGAAGUCCUCUCUGGCCUCAAGCUUUUGUCUGGCUUUGCCGGCUGUGUGUGUGUGGUCAGGUGUUCCUAUAAGUCUGCUGGGCUGCAUGUGCCCUGGGUUUCCUUCCCUAGGUCUCCGGACUCGUGCAAGGAGAAAGGGAAGGUCCUGCUGAUAGACCCGUCAUUGGUGUUUCGCCCAGAAGAUGCCAUCACCAAGUCUGGCUGGGAAUUUCGCAGAUUUCCUGAGGACUCUGGCCACCCUCACAUGCAGCAAGUGAAACAGACCUACCUUAGCAUGCACACCCACCAGUGUGUCGACUAUGUUCAGAGCAAGCACAUCCAGUGGGGAUUAUUUAACAAGUUUGAAGCAACAGUUUUUGAGGCGCUGGAGAAGCUCAAUGAUCUGAUAGAUGAGAGUGAUCCAGAUGUUACAAUCCCCAACAUUGUUCACGCAUACCAGACGGCUGAACGCCUUCGAGAGGCUUACCCAAAUGAUGAUUGGCUCCAUCUUACUGGCCUCAUCCAUGAUCUAGGCAAGAUAAUGACCUUCUAUGGAGAGCCACAAUGGUCAACAGUUGGGGACACGUUCGCAGUGGGAUGCAAGUUUCCAGAGUCCAUUGUCUACAGACACACCACUUUCCAUAAGAAUCCAGAUCUCAAUAACCCAAAAUUCAACACGAAGUAUGGCAUGUAUGAACCCAACUGUGGCCUCCAAAAUAUAUACAUCUCUUGGGGUCAUGAUGAGUACAUGUACCGAGUCCUGAAACAUAACAAGUGUACACUUCCUGAUGAAGCCUUUUACAUUAUCAGGUUCCACUCAUUCUACCCUUGGCACACUGGUGGGGACUACAUGCACCUGUGUGACAAUCGUGACCUUGAAAUGCUUCCUUGGAUUAAAGAGUUCAACAAAUUCGAUUUGUACACCAAAAAGGAAGAAAUUCCUAAUGUUGAAGAGUUGAAACCUUAUUACCAGUCGCUAAUAGACAAGUAUUGUCCAGGGAAGCUAAACUGGUAAAUUUACAGGAUGUUUAAAGAAGAAAUGUUUUAUUGAUACUGUACAAGGCUGUACAGAACUAUACUGGAUUCUACUAAGGUAUGACUUUUAAAUUUCUAACUUUAAAAUAAACCUAAAACUUAAUAUUGACACCAUUAUAUAUCCACUGAUCUUGCUAGACCAUGCAGAGUUAAAUGUGCAAUAGUGUUAAAGAUGUAGAACAUGCAAGUUAAAUGUGAUUACAUUAUGAAAUUAUAUAAUGUAUACACUUUACCCUAUUUACUGUAUUUCAUAAUUAAUUUAACUCCAUGCCUCAAAUGACCUAAAUAUAUGAAUUUCCCACAAGUUAAAUAUCACAGAAUUUUUUCAAGUUGCUUCGUACUACAUCCAACCUUUACAUAUGAGAAAUGAUUGUUCAAUAGACCGAUGACUAUGAAAAUUAACAGUAUUGUAUUGUAUUCAAGACUGCGAAUCUUCCUCGUGGUUUUUCAAUAUGCUGUAGAUAUUGAUAUUUCAAUAUAGAUGGAACAAUGGGGGAGGUCAUGAUUAGAAUACAGUAUCAGAAAAAGUGUGUUAAUUUUGUGUAUGAUGCAAGUGAAUAAGAAUGAAAGCAUCAAGAGUUGAAGUGGGGGAAAAUAUUAAUCCGAGAUGCUUUUGUGGUUUUAUGAGGAGAGAGAAUAAUGAAUGAAAAUGUCAUUUAGAUGUAUAGCAGAAGUCAGCAAUUAUAAGACAGAAUUGUCUAUAGAAAUUGUUUGGUCAUUUGUAAUAAAUGGAUGAUGACUGUGAUAUUGCACAGUAUUUAAAUUAAUUUGAGGGUACUAGUGUAAAGCCAAAAAGCAUGGAGUUUUAAAUAUAUCAUUAAAACAAUACGUUGACUCUUUAGCACUGUUGCUUUGGUAGUUAUAUUUUAUCAAGUUCAUAUAUCAAAAAUCCGAUAAUUUUUCUUGCAUAUGUUUGGCAAAUUAAUUCAAUUAAUAUGGCAGAAGCAGAUUAUUCAUUGCACAUCAUACUUGUUUAUCUUUUACUAGUACUUUUAUAUGCUGUAAUAAUUUAGUUUAUUGCAUAUUUCACAAUACUUGCUCUUCCCGCCAUUAAGUGGUUGUGUGUAAGGAAGUCUUCUCCUGGCCAGCAGCACAUUGUCCUCACCACCUACUCUGCAAAGAGAAAGGCCAAGCGAAGAUGGUUGACUUCCUCUCCGAGUUUGUUAGCCACUGUAGUUUGCCUCUGCUCUUCAUGUAUUUUGUCUAUAAUAGGACACACUGUGUAUGGUAGUUGUUUGGUUGAAAUAUUUAGGUCUGUGCCUGCUUUAUUUUACCUCAUUGUCUGCCUGUUCGUUUUCAGUCACUCGAACAUGAUUUGCCACCAACAAAAGUGCACUCAGUGCAUGCACUAUGUUUUAUAAGGCUAUUAUUGGUUUUCUAUAACUGGUGAAUAUUAAAAUAGUAUUUCUGUAUGGCUUUACAAGCAUUUGCAAAUGACGAGUCACAAUAACAUGGCUGAAGACAUUAUAACUAAACCAUAUAUCAGAAAAAGAAGAAAUAACAACGCUUCGGUCUGUCCUGUACCAUUAUCAAGUCAAGCAAUGGAAAAUGUGUUAGAGACAAAUUCUUUCUCAUUUGCUCCUCAUCUUGCAUCUCUUCUCAGACCAUGUUCUUGUCUUAUAAAUGGUACAGUAUUUGUCUCUUCUACUCUUUUCAUUACCCAACUUGUUAAUGGUUCAGAAUGAGUGGACUUAAACAUAGUUUCUUCAUUUUCUGAUGUGUGGUUUGGUCACUGUACAAGCAGUUUGUCAAAUGAGGUACCGUGACAGUUUUGGUUCCCGUUAUCAAUGUUCUUUAUUGUUAGGAGACGCAUAUAAAGGAAGCACGGACUGAGUGUGAACUGUACAUAAGUGGUGGGUAAAAAUGUCUGGGUGGAAUCAGUUGGUUAAGAGUUAUUAAAAAUAAUUCUGAAUGUAAACCAUGGACAGAACCCAACACCUAAUUAUAUGAAGCUGUGGAGGUAUUGUACUGUUUGUUGUUUUGGUUGUGUGUAAUGGUGCUAAUUUUACUUUAUGCAGGCUAAUGUGAAAGUCAUUUAAAUAUUUUUUUCCAUAAGUUAUAAUACUCUACCUUCUACCUUCUUUCCUUAUAUUGUUCUUUAUUUUAUUCUGGAUCACAUGGAAAUUAAGAAGCAGGUGCUGGAGAUUCAAACAUAUAAGCACUAUAUGAGUGCAUGAGCAGAGUUUGAGACUCGUCUACGUAUUUAGAUUUAAGGUGUCACUUUGAAACACGAUUUUUCUUGUGUAUUUGCAGGCUAUGUUCUAAAUUAAACCGGUACUUCGCUUAUACUGCAUUAUUUUCCAUGCACCUUAUGGAUUUGCACGCUGAAGUAUAUACAGGUACAGUAUAUCACUUCCAAAAGCAAUGUAAAUAUUACAAUAUACUUAAUUUGGGACAGCUAUAUGAUAUGUCCUUUCUUACCCCUCAUGAAAGUGGCUAAUGGGAAAAUUAUAAUAACUUGUGUAGGAUAUGGUCUAUAUUUGCUACAAAUUUUAUAAGAUUAAUUUUUAAAUAUUUUGUCAUGUAUGUAUGUAGCAUAUUUUUGUAUCUAAAUAUUGCAUAAAUAGUUAUAAUUUUA